AUGGAUGUUCAGGAGUUGCUGGAUAACAAUGCAGAAAUCGAUGCAUUCGAGCAGCUAUUGGAGAUAGAAGAUAAUUUGGAAGUCCUGAAGCUGGAGUUGAGACUUGUCAGAACAUUUUUUAUCUGUGCCAGAAUAUUAUGGAGCAAUCCAGAACCUGCAGAGAAGAUUAUUGAUCGUGAGGUACGUCUAGGAUCUUUCUUGUUUAGCCUCCAAGAUUCUGUUCAAAAAAAUGCUAUGGAGUCGCACUCUCUUUCCCUUAGACUGGAAGAGGAUGCAUUCUCAUUACUUAGUGAUGCCUUUAAGUUGGUCCAGGAUUGUCAAAAUAACAUCUAUUCUUUUAAACAAGAUUUUGACAAAUUCUAUGUCACUUUGUUGGGUUGCUUAUCGCAAUCCAGCUCGGCUGCUUUAAGAGAUCAUGAACUCAUGGAAUUUAUGGAUUCCCUGUUAGAGAAUCUAGUCAAUAUUCUCUUACAGGAUGAUUGUUAUGGAGAUGUGCAGCUACUAAUUCAUGCUCUUCAAGAAAAGAUAAAGUUCUUGAAAAGUUUUAUUGUCUUUGCCAUUUAUCGAGGGGUUGAGGAAAGGCAGUUGGCAGAUGUCUUGGCUCACUCUCAAGUUGUAGCUGUCAAUGCAGCAUACCUCUCUUGCCUGUGUUGGUUUGACAAGGAUGAAGAAGAAGUCCAUGAUAAAGUGAAGUUGAAGAUUUCUGACCUCUUGGAUGGGAUCAAGCCCAUUGAUCCCAGAGCCCAUGAGAUUUAUAUCCAAGUCCUGACUACUCCAGGAUUAUCAGGAUCACCGCCCACUCUGAAUUUGGUGACAAUCAGCAGUGUAUUGGGGGACUUUGUUGAUUCUCUCCUGGGAAAUAUUUGGGACCUACUACACUGCGGUAGGAGUUUUAUGGUUUCCAUGAAGAUACUUUAUGAGGGACUACGAUUCUUGAGAACCAUUCUCAAGAAUCAGCAGGUGAAGUUCGAUGAGUUGGAUGAACAAAUGAUCGAUCUUAUCGUAGUUGUUGUCAAUGAGGCAGGGAUUAUAAUUUGCUCUCUUUUUCCAAUCCACAUAGCCAAGGGAAUGGAUCUGGCAGUCACUGAAUUUUUGGAAAAGAUCAAACUUGUUAAGGCAGACUUAGCCCCCAUCUAUCCUAGAACAUCAAUAUUCAGCUUUCCAAGUACCAGAGAACUGGACUUCAUUGAUCUUCUCCUAGAGAAUCUAAAGGGACUGGCAAACAAUAUAGUCUAUUCAGUUUCUCUUACAAAGGAUAGAGUUCAAGAAGUGGAAGAAGAUCUUGAAUUCUUAAAAUCUCGCUUUGAGAAUGUUGCGAAGUAUUACAACCAGCAUGAAAAGCCCCAAGUUCUUUGGAGUAGCAUUAUAGAAGUGACAAUCAGGGCAGAGUUUGUCAUACAUUCCUUGAGAGGAGGAGAUCUAUCUGAUUCUUGUUGCAUUCCUUUUAACACCAUCGCAGAAGAUAUUAAGCUUAUCAAGGCUGAGGUCUUAGAGAUUGAUGACCAAGAACAAGGCUUCAUAUCCAAGAAAGCUGUCAAGAUUUCGAGUUCUGUGCCAUCAGAAAGUGGUAUCUCAAAAACAAAUGAAGUUAUGGUAGCUCUCUCUGAUCAGAUAGAGAUAGUGACCACUUUACUUGUAAGAGGAUCAAAGAAAUUGGAAAUUGUUUCCAUUCUGGGUAUGCCUGGACUGGGUAAGACAACUUUAGCCAAGAAACUUUACAAUGAUCCUUCUGUCAGAUGCCAUUUUCAUACUUUUGCUUGGUCUACGGUUUCUCAAGUAUAUAACGGAAAAAAUUUGUUACUUGAGAUUUUGGUUUGUAUUGUUCCUAAGCUUUCUGAACAAUAUGCUAAAAUGAAAGAAGUUGAUUUGGUUGAAGAACUCUACAAGCGUUUGAAGAGAAAUAGGUAUCUCAUAAUUUUGGAUGAUUUGUGGGAUGGUGAAGCUUGGACACUCAUGGAAAAAUCAUUUCCUGAUGAUGCUAAUGGUAGUAGAAUUCUCUUAACAAGUAGAAAUCACAAGGUGGCUCUGCAUGUUGGACCUACUAAUAAACUUCACCAUCUUCGCUCACUCACUGAUGAAGAGAGCUGGGAAUUGUUACGAAAGAAGGUAUUUCAUAAUGAGGAGUGUCCUCCAGCACUACAUGAGCUUGGAGUGCAAAUAGCGAAAAACUGUAAGGGGCUACCUCUUAUAGUUAUCAUCAUAGCUGGAAUUCUUGCAACGAGAGAGCCUGAUGGCUGGGAAGAAGUUGCUCAAAGGUUGAGCUCCUACACUGUUUUGGGCACAGAAGAGUGCAGGGAUAUACUAGAGCUGAGCUAUAGAAAUUUGCCUGAUUAUCUGCAGCGAUGCCUUCUUUACUUCGGAGCAUUUAAAGAAGACCAAGAAAUUCCAAUUUGGAGGUUGAAGUAUUUAUGGAUAGCUGAAGGGUUUGUGCAAGAAACUGAAAUGAAGAGUUUAGAGGAUGUGGCUGAAGAGUACAUGAUUGAUCUAACUGACAGAAGCUUGGUCAUGGUUGCUAAAAGAAGAUCCCUAGGCAAGAUUAAGACUUGCCAUAUUCACGAUCUGUUGCAUGAGUUUUGUGUCCUAAAAGCUAAAGAAGAAAACUUUUUGCGGUUCUUGCAUGGGAAUGAUGACUCGUGUAUCUAUAAUGUGUCAAGCAAUAUACAUCGUUUGGGCAUUCACUCCAAACUAGAGCUGUUCGAGAGGUCGAUCCUAUUUUGUCCUCGACUGCGCUGUCUGUUGCUCUCUGCUGAUGGCUGCAGGUACCCAUUUCAACAGCCAAACAUCUCAUUUGUCUUUCACAUCUUCAAACUCCUCAGGGUAUUGGAUUUGGGGCAGUUCAAUGUAGGUGAUUGUUUUCCAAGUGAAGUAGAAUUGCUUGUGGAGUUGCGUUUUUUGGCAAUAAAAGGUACCAUGCGCUCCAUCCCAUCAUCCAUAGCUAACCUUUCUAAUUUGGAAACUUUUCUGUUGGAUUCAAAUGAUGCUGCAUUGCCCGAUACAAUAUUGAACAUGAACAAAUUGAGGCAUCUUCACACAAUUGCUCAGCAUACGAGGUUUUCUUUCGAGAAAGUCAAUCUUGACAGCUCAUCCAUUCUUCAUAGUUUAGACACCUUGAGCACUGCAUGGAUUUCUUAUGGACAAGGCAUUGAAAAGAUUGUGAGAAAGUUCCCAAAUAUCCGUGAACUAAAAUGCGAGCUCGAUUAUGAGGAAUUAGCAGCAUCUACUGAGAACAGAGGCAGCAUUGUGGAUUUAAGUUUUCUGAAUAGACUGGAGUCCCUCAAUAUUAUUCAUGAUGACUAUGCUACAAUAUGUAAGAUUGAGUAUCAUUUCCCUUUGAAUCUGAAAAAGUUGACUCUUUCUUACUUCCCUUGUGGUACAGUCUCCACACUUGGAAAACUACCCAAUCUUGAGGUCCUCAAUUUGUCCUAUGGACCCCAUGAUUGGAAAAUAUGGGAAAUGAAAGAAGGGGAAUUCCCUAAACUCAAAACCUUGAGAAUGGGCGCAUUGUGCACAUUGAGAUGGAUAGGAUGUGAUGAUAGCCUUCCCUGUCUUGAGAAGCUAGUGCUCUCGAGAUGUGAAAAACUGACAGAGAUCCCUUCUUGCUUAUGGUAUGCUUCCACUCUUGAAGUUAUCAUGGUGCAGCAGUGUUCAGACUUUCUUACAAGCUUAGUAUGCGAGAUUGAGGAUGAGCAGAGGAGCAUGGGGAAUGAAGAUCUCAAGGUUCACAUCAUUCCAGAGGAGAAGAGCGGUUCUGAAGCAGAAUAA